AUGGGUUCAAUCGAGAAUCAAGAAGCCAUUGAUCUCUUUGAAGGCCAGAAUAUUUUGUACAUGCAGAUGUAUGGCCACCUUAAACCUUUGUGUCUUAAGUGGGCUGUCCAACUAGGUAUUCCAGACAUAAUACACAACCAUGGAAAACCUAUUACUCUUUCUCACUUGGUCUCAACCCUUCAAAUUCCAUCCUCUAAGACUGCUUUUGUGCAGCGGUUAAUGCGCUUUUUGGCACACAAUGAAAUCUUUGAUAUCCACCAUAGCCAAGAAGAUCAUGAAGUAGCUUAUGCCCUAACUCCAGCAUCCAAACUUCUUGUCAGUGGCAGUGGCCAUUGUUUAUCUCCAAUGGUUCUGUUCACCACUGAUCCACUUCUCAUGAGUAAACACCACCACCUGGGAGAAUGGAUUUACAGGGAGGACCCCACCACACUGUAUGAGACAGCCAUAGGGACAAGUGUUUGGGGACUUCUUGACAGAGAACCUAAAUACUUGAGUCUCUUCAAUGAGGGCAUGGCGAGUGAUUCCCAAAUGGUGGACUUGGUUCUUAAAAAUUGCAAUUCAGUUUUUGAGAAUCUAGAUUCCAUCGUGGACGUAGGUGGUGGAACAGGAACCACAGCCAGAAUUAUCAGCCAGGCAUAUCCUAAGCUGAAAUGUGUUGUGCUUGACCUUCCUCAUGUUAUAGCAAACUCCACAGGAACCAACAAUUUAAGCUUUCUUGGUGGUGACAUGUUCAAAUCUAUCCCUCAAGCUGAUGCAAUCCUACUGAAGUGGGUUUUGCAUGACUGGGAUGACGAAAAUUGCGUUAAGAUUUUGAAAAACUGCAGAGGAGCUAUUUCGAGCAAAGGCAAUAAAGGGAAAGUGAUUGUCAUAGAAACAGUAAUAAAUGAGAAGCUUGAUUACAAAGAUGUGACUCAAACAAAGCUCAGUUUGGAUAUGACAAUGUUGGCCAUUAAUGGAAAAGAGCGAACUGAAGAAGAAUGGAAAAAAUUGUUCACUGAAGCAGGAUUCAAAUACCACAAAAUAUUUCCCAUUUUUGGAUUUAGAUCUCUCAUCGAGGUUUAUCCAUAGGCACUCUGUUACGGUGUAUAUGAUAGUAAAACAUGACAAGAUACUGUCGUAAGUUGAAUAAUGUAAUGAUAACACUUUGAGCUUGGUGUGGAUCCUAUGUUUCUCACCGGUGGGUGGUUAAGCAUAUUUUGUAUGAAUUUCUUCUUUCCUAUUCAA